AUGUUUGCAAAACUUCUCUUCUUUUGCCUCUCAUUGGCUCUCCUCAACUUCCCAGUAGCGCUUGCAAACCAACACUCGAUGUGCUACUGUGUCGUAAACGAUUAUUCUCACAAGUGUCUCACUAUUAAGGCAUGUGAGGUGUACAAGUCAUCGAAACAGAUCUUUGAGGACAACCCGUCAAUCGUCAACACCACAAUGCUGUGGCAUGUCUGUGCAUCCUUGGCUCCGGACAGUGGCGGUCGUACACAGUACGUGAGUGGAUUUGGCGGUAACGAGUUCAAAGACGCUUGCAUACAGGCUCAGAACUCCGGUGUAUGUGCCGACUCUGGCGGUGGCAUUGGAUCACUUUGCCAUUAA